CUGUGUCAAAUGUCAGUGUCACAUGUUGCUGUGAAUUGUUUGGGUUCCACAAAUGCACCUUAUAAUUUAAUAUAUUAAAGAAACUUUAUUUUGUAGUUUAUAAUAUAAGUGGAUAUUUCACUCUAAUAAGCAACUAACCAGGGAGAACUGAACAAUGGAAAGACGUCCCAGAAUUUCACCCAAUAUUUUAAUUACAGGAACGCCGGGAGUUGGCAAAUCAACAAUAUGCAAAAUAUUAUCUGAACGAAUGAAGUACACAUGGAGAGAAGUAUCAAAACUUGCAGAAGAAUUCAAUUGUUUAGAUGAAUAUGAUCCUGAAUAUCACUGUCCAGUUUUAAAUGAUGACAAGAUGCUUGACAUCAUGGAAAGUAUGAUGGAAAAAGGAGGGAACAUAGUUGACUACCAUGGCAGUGAAUUUUUUCCUGAGCGUUGGUUUGAUGGUGUUUUUGUGAUCCGAACAAAUAAUACCAUAUUGUAUGACAGACUAGUAGCAAGGGGUUAUUCCGGAAAGAAAUUGGAAGACAACAUUCAGUGUGAGAUAUUUGAAGUAUUAUUAGAAGAAGCUCAAAAUUCAUAUAAACCAGAAAUUGUUAAGGAACUUCAGAAUGAUACACAGGAACAACUUCUUGCUAAUGUUGAAAAUAUAAUAGAGUGGAUAGAAAAAUGGAAAGAAGAUAAUCUGUAAUAUUUGGUGUGGAAUUUAUUACUUGUAAUGUCAUUCUGACAUUGUAUGAAGUGGUGUUAUUUUAUGGAUAAGAUUGAGGUGUACAUAUUUUGUCUUCAUUUUUAUUGUGGGCUUUCACUGUCUAAACAUGUCACCUCAAAUAUGUACAUUUUAACACACAUUUGUGUUUAUAUAAAAAACUGCAUUGUUGCUUUAAUCAUGGAU